AACAUCCAUAUGAUACUUUCGGAUACAGUGAAGCUGAAAGAAUUUGCAAAUGACUUUGAAAUGACUAUAGAUUUGAUGUAUCGCGUGGCCAAAGGAUAUCAGACAAACCCUGACUUGAGAUUGACCUGGUUGCUAAACAUGGCUUCUCGACACGCAGAUCGUGAGCUGUAUUGCGAAGCUGGAGAAUGUGUUCUCCAUGCCGCGGCUUUGGCAGCUGAGUAUAUUGCCAUGAGCACCACUGAUGGCUUUAUGCCUCGUGGGGCAGUCGACUUUGAGCGCAUCAGUGACAACAUACUAGAAGAAAGUGCUGUUAGCGAUGAUGUUCUUAGCCCGGAUGUUGAAGGAAUCUGUGAAUCUCGCCACUUCACUGCUGCUGGACUCGUGAAUCUUGUUGAAAAGUCCAUGGCUUUCUUUGAGAAAGCCCAUAUGUACGAAAUCAUGCCAGAUGUGUUCCGAGUAAGUGGUUUUCAUCUUUUCUCUCUUUUACGACAUGAUUUGCGCUCCACGUCAUUUCCUACCACGUCUCCUUGUUGGCAACAGUUCGGGAAUUGCAUCGGUUCAAGCUCUGGUGAAUGA